GCUCCUCGCGCCGCCGCAGCCGCCGCGGCUCCCGGUCCCCGGCCGCCUGCCUCCCUGCCUCCCUCCCCGCCGCCUCGGCAAGGGCUGGGCUACUCCGAGGCUUGGCGGGAAAAAGGACUGGGAGGGAUCGAAACCCCCAUUAUAAAAGAGCCUGCUCAGCGGAGGACUCGCUGUAGUAAUCCCAGCGAGAGGCAGAGGGAGCGAGCGGGCGCGCCAGCAGCCGGAGGGGCACCCAGCGAAGCCGAGCGUCAGAGCGCGCUCCCUCCGGGCGCCCGGGGCAGAGAUCGGAGGGAAAGCGGGGCUUCACCUCCUCCUCCUCCUCCUCCCCACCCGGCCCGCCGACCCCUGCCUGCCGGAGAGACCCGCAGCCCUCCGCCACAGCCACGAAAACUUUGCCGAUCGCCGCGGGCGGGCGCUUUCCCCUGGAACUUACAACAGCCCGGCGCGAGGACGCGGCCGGCUCUCCCAGGAGCCGGGGGCCUAUUUGGGGGAGACCUCCGGGCCGCCGCCUGCGCCCCGCUCCCCUGAAGGGCGCUCCUGGCCCCCGGUGGGAACCUGGAUCUCCUCCGGAGGGUGGCAAACCCGCAGGCCGCCGCGAUGCCCCUCAACGUCAGCUUCGCCGCCAACAGGAACUACGACCUGGACUACGACUCGAUGCAGCCCUACUUCUUCUGCGACGAGGAGGAGAACUUCUACCACCAGCAGCAGCAGAGCGAGCUGCAGCCGCCCGCGCCCAGCGAGGACAUCUGGAAGAAGUUCGAGCUGCUGCCCACGCCGCCGCUGUCGCCCAGCCGCCGCUCCGGCCUCUGCUCGCCCUCCUACGUGGCCUUCGCGUCCUUCUCGCCGCGGGAGGUGGACGCCGGCGGCGGCGGCGGCGGCAGCUUCUCCACCGCCGACCAGCUGGAGAUGGUGACCGAGCUGCUGGGCGGGGACAUGGUGAACCAGAGCUUCAUCUGCGACCCGGACGACGAGACCUUCAUCAAGAACAUCAUCAUCCAGGACUGCAUGUGGAGCGGCUUCUCGGCCGCCGCCAAGCUCGUGUCCGAGAAGCUGGCCUCCUACCAGGCUGCGCGCAAGGACAGCGGCGGCCGGAGCCCCGCCCGCGGGCAGGGCGCCUGCUCCUCCUCCAGCCUCUACCUGCAGGACCUGAGCGCCGCCGCCUCCGAGUGCAUCGACCCGUCCGUGGUCUUCCCCUACCCGCUGCACGACGGCAGCUCGCCCAAGCCCUGCGCCUCCCCGGACUCCUCCGCCUUCUCCCCGUCCUCGGACUCUCUGCUCUCCUCCACCGACUCCUCCCCUCGGGCCAGCCCCGAGCCCCUGGCGCUCCACGAGGAGACCCCGCCCACCACCAGCAGCGACUCCGAGGAGGAGCAAGAGGACGAGGAAGAGAUCGAUGUCGUUUCUGUGGAAAAGAGGCAGCCCUCGGCCAGAAGGUCGGAGUCGGGGUCCCCGUCUUCCAGAGGUCACGGCAGGCCGCCCCACAGCCCGCUGGUGCUGAAGCGGUGCCACGUGUCCACCCACCAGCACAACUACGCGGCGCCCCCCUCCACCAGGAAGGACUAUCCCGCCGCCAAGAGGGCCAAGUUGGACAGUGGCCGAGUCCUCAAGCAGAUCAGCAACAACCGCCGGUGCGCCAGCCCCCGGUCCUCGGACACGGAGGAGAACGACAAGCGGCGGACGCACAACGUCCUGGAGCGCCAGCGGAGGAACGAGCUGAAGCGCAGCUUCUUCGCGCUGCGCGACCAGAUCCCCGAGUUGGAAAACAACGAGAAGGCCCCCAAGGUCGUGAUCCUCAAGAAAGCCACGGCCUACAUCCUGGCCGUCCAGGCCGAGGAGCAGAAGCUCCUGUCCGAGAAGGACUUCUUGCGGAAACGGCGGGAACAGUUGAAACACAAACUCGAGCAGCUGCGGAACUCAUGUGCAUAGAACUUGACCUCCGGGAGGGAGGAGGGGACUGGGGUUCGAAGGGAAAAGGACGGGAAAAGGUUCCUCCCCGCGUCCUUGCAGAAGUCAUUGGACACGUGAGCUCGUUGCAACUGCAUGGUCAAGUGCAAACCGCACAACCGUGGCUGGGUCUUCAGACUGAAAGGUUUAGCCAUAAUGUAAACUGCCUCAAAUGGAACUUUGGGCAUAAAAGAACAGUUUUUAUGCUUGCCAUCCUUU